AUGGCUGGAUCUCUCCUUAUGUGCCUCAUCCUCGUAGAAGCUUUAGUGGGUCUGGCCAUGGCCAGUGAAAAAAAUGUUCAAACUUUGGUCCAAUCCAACUCUGUUGGAGCACCAUCAACAAAUAGAAAACUUGGGAAUCAUGGCCCAUCCAUGGCGCCAAGUUAUGAUCAAGAGGGAGAGAGGAGUGCUCAUGGAAUUGGCAGUUCUUCUUCUUCAGGGGGAGAGACUUCCCCUGUUUUUGAUUUGGAGCACAGGCAUCACCGUUCGGUGGAUAAAUCGGUGGCCGGCGGUGGAGUGAUUCUUGGUGGGCUGGCUACCAUGUUCUUGCUGGCGGUAUUCUGUUACAUUAGAGCUACAGGAAGAGAUCAUAAAUCUGAAACUAGCAGCAAUGCUUGA